AUGGCACCUCCCAUGGCAAUGCGAGGAAUGAUCCAUUCCUAUGGUCGAAGAGCAUUAGCCGUUGCGUUUACCGCGGCAGUAGCCGGAACUGUGAUUCAUAUGCGUCUUAUACUGAAUUAUGAUCCUUACACUCGCAUGAAGGAAAUUUGUGCCGAAGGAAAAGGUUACAUGCACACCUGUCCCAAGGACCUAGCAGAUAUGUACAAGGAGAAGGGCAAGGAAAUCGCACCUCUGUAG